AUGACCGAUAUGUCUACGCCUACAAAACACAGUCCUGAAUACGAAGUGGAGUCUUUUGACGACGCCCUGGAAACGGCCCCAAUCCAGGAGAACAACAAGCUCAACGUCGCAAUUCCCAAGUCCACUUCCACCCGCUCAUUGACCGAUAGUCCUCCAAUUGGCUCACAUAUGUCUCCAGAAUCGACGGAGAAACCUCCGUUUCCUUCUGAAUCGCAGGACGAGAAGAAGAACGAGACCACUGAGGAGCAGGACACAAAUGGCGAGGGGCUGGAUGGACAAAAUGACAAGAUGAUUCCAAACGAGAGACAGGGGAAGAAGGACGAAGGAAUAGAUACGAAGGAUGAAGGAAUAGAUACGAAGGAUGGGACUCACUAUGACACCAACGGCGAGGUGAACACCGCGACCGAUGAGCCCACCCAGGGUGAGAAGCCGGAGCAAGGGCCUAAGGUUACGCAGACAGAGGUAGAGAAGAACGAAGGAAAUCACGAUCAUAGCCCACUGCAGAAGUCGCCUCUACUUACAUCCCACCGAUUAUCAACAUCAUCAUCCCUCGACGAGGUAAACCUGAUGAACAACAAGGAAGAUGAACCGACAAACAAGGCCCAGAGCCCACGAGACAAAACGGAACCGCCUCCGUUGCCUCCUAAGGACAAUCCCACCCCUCCGACGAGCGCCGGUCUGAUGGGUCUGUCGGGUAGUCUGCCCUCGAUCCCAUGGGCGGCCCCUCCAGUGAACAAGAGUCCACCCAUUCCCCCGCCAGCCCCUGCUCGAAAGCCCAGUGGCCCCUUUGCGUGGUUUUCUCGAAGCUCAACCUCAACCAAUAUAAAGGACAUCAAAUCCCCACCAUCCUCCGCCAGCCGACGAAAUACUGCCACCUCCGUAUCGACCCUUGCCAGCAACCUAGACCAAAUCGCUCGUGAUGGCGACGAUCUCUCGAGCAUCGGCUCAAAGAAGCCGAGACGCAACAGCUUGAAGGACCAGUUUAAGAUGCUGCGCCUGCGCGAGGAGAGCCACGUCCUGGAGGUUGAUCAAACGAGCGUGAGAUCUGGCCAGGCCAGCAUUAGCCAGUCCGGAGCUAGCCCCCCUAUAAUCCCAGAGGAAGGAGAGGAGGGCAUCUUAGCAUCAGGAGCAACCUCAACCCCGGGGGCCGUUGCUCCUGGGAGAACGGGCUCCGCGGCUGAUGCUUCCAUCCCAGUGGACUGGGAGAUGUGGCAGCACCUCGUAAACAAUGGACCCCAGGCCUUGGCAAGCUCAGAGGAACUAAAUGCUGCCAUCAAACAAGGUAUCCCUCAGACGAUCCGAGGAGUUAUUUGGCAAAUUCUGGCGGAUUGCCAGACUGCUGAUAUGGAAGACACAUACCGAGAGCUUGUGGCGCGUGGUACGGCACAGGACAAAGAUGGACGAACAAUAAAUGGGACCGAGACCACAUCAUCGCGCUCUUCAGUCCGCUCCCACCACUCGGGUUCUGGAUCACGGUCUAGCAGCGCUGCCCCUAGCCCGUCUUACGAAGGAGACAUUGAUAAGCUGUCCAAGGAACAAGCCUCCAAUGAUGCCGACCGUCUGAAGAAAGCAAAGACAGACGCCGUUGCGCUGCAAAAGUUGGAGAAGGUCAUCAGGCGAGACUUGGGUGCUCGUACCAGCUACGCGAAGUAUUUUGUUUCCCAGGGCAGCCAAGAAGGCCUCUUCGGGUUGUGUAAGGCAUACGCCUUGUAUGAUCCUGGAGUUGGAUACGCGCAAGGCAUGAACUUUAUUGCUAUGCCAUUGUUGUUCAAUAUGGACGAAGUUGAUGCUUUCGCCAUGAUGGUCAAGCUGAUGAACAAGUAUUCUCUACGAGAUAUGUUCAUUCAGGAUAUGCCUGGGCUCCACCGAAGCCUAUACCAAUUCGAGCGGCUUCUAGAAGACUUGGAACCCGCUCUCUACUGCCAUCUCCGGCGCCGUGGAGUUCCUCCUCAGCUCUAUGCCACCCAGUGGUUCUUGACUCUGUUUGCUUACCGGUUCCCGCUGCAACUUGUGCUUCGCAUCUAUGACCUGAUUUUCGAAGAGGGACUCGAGACUACUAUCCUUAAAUUUGGUAUUGCGAUCAUGCGACGAAAUGCAGACGCGCUGCUCGAAAUGAAAGACAUGAGCGUGCUCACUACUUUCUUGAAAGAACGUUUGUUUGACGCCUACAUCGACAAGCAGCCAUCCACCUCGUCAAUUCUGGAGUCAGGCUUCUUCGGAAGCUCCGGUGCCUCUGACAAGGAGAUCUACCGAUCCGACAUCAUGGUGCAGGACGCCUGUUCCAUUCCUCUCACGUCCGAGAUGCUUGCCACGUACACCACCGAGUGGGAGGAGAAGACUCGAAGUGAGAAAGAGCGCGAGGUCGAGCUGGAACACUUGCGGCACACUGUGAGCACGCAGGGCACGCGUGUCCGACUUCUUGAGGAGCGUGCCGAAGCGUCAGACAAGGAGCAUGUGCAAUUAGCGUCUGAGCUGGUGCACGUCAAAGUCGAUAACGAGGAGCUGCGCGACCUCAACGAAGCGCUGCAACUUCAGGUUGCCGAACUCAAGAAGGUGGUAGAUAAGCAGCCGGCCGAAGUGGAGGAGAAGCUCCGCUUAGAAAUGGAACGGAUCAUGACACGAAAUAUCGAAGUGCAAAACGAGAACCGUGCGAUGGAAGAAUCAAUGUGCGAGAUGGAGAAGGAGUUGGUUGCCACUAAGAUGAAGUGGGCAGAGGUAAAGAUCUUUCAAUAUUCAACGUGGAACGCCGAGACUGACAAACUUGGACAGAUUUCUGAGAACCACGAGACCCUCCGCCAGAAAUGGAGUGACCUUCGUCGUGCCCUUGACUGA